AUAGUUUAACUCUUACAAUUCAACCACAUAUGGGCAAACAGGUGUCACGAGAGAAAAUGACACCACUUAAAAUGACGUCGAUCGUCUACGUCCUGUAAGACCCAGCUACGUGCAGUCGCAGCUAGCAACUACAACAGGUUCGACCCAACAGCAAUUUCUUCUAUCCGUCCAUUUCUCGCCAAAUUUGUCUGCGGCACUCUGUAAUAGCCAAUGAACAAUUUCAGAAAACCAAGCGUGUGAAUCUAUGCGAAAAAGUGUUUGAUUCACUAUGUCACUGCUAUGGUGGAAGCGCUUGGACGUCAGGAAGUGUACCAUCGUGUUGGGUACACUCAUGUUCGGAUUUGCAUUUAUCACAAUCAUUAAAACAUACCCCCAUUUACAAACAACCGGAAUUACCAUCCAGCGAGAAACGGGCAACUGUUGUUCGUCGUCGUACUGGGACGCUCUGCUGGACUCGGAAUCCUUGACAGGAAAUCAACUACUGCAAUACGUUAAAUGGACCAACCGCUCGUCUUGUCAGUUAAUUCACGAUUUCGGAGGGAUCAUACACCAAGAUUGGCAUCCAGCCGGAAUUGAUGGGCAGAAAGCCAUUUGCAUCGAUGCUCGAGUGGCUCCCGAUAAGAAAAAUUGCCUCGUCUAUUCCUUUGGCAUCAACGACGAGUGGUCAUUCGACGAGCAAAUGGAAAAAUACGGAUGCCAAGUCUUUGCCUUCGAUCCUUCAAUGAUGAGGGGCCAUCACGAUCACAGUCCAGCUAUUCACUUUUACAACUGGGGAUUGGGCGAUCGGGACGAGGUGACAGUUGACAAAAAAUGGACCCUUCGUUCACUAUCGUCCAUUUACAAAAAUUUGACAGCCCGUCACGGUGAAAAGGUAAUCGAUUAUUUGAAAAUUGACGUCGAAUUCGCAGAAUGGAUCGCGUUGCCACAGAUGAUCAAGUCCGGCAUGUUGUCCAAAGUCCGUCAAUUGGGUCUCGAGAUUCAUCUGAAUGAAUCAGAAACGAUCGAAAAAAAUCGCGAGUAUGUCAAAAUACUGAGAACAAUUGAGAAAAUGGGAUUCGUCCGAUUCGAUUCCAAAUACAACCCUUGGUCAAUGACACAUUUUACUAAAUUGGGGUUAUUUUCUGUACCUUUUGCUUACGAGAUUGCAUGGUAUAACGAUAACCUUUAAUCUGGCUCUUAAAUCUGAAAGGACAAAAAAUACACAAAUGCAGAUUGCUUUUAAAAUUUCGUACUCU